UAUGUCACCAGCUUUCAUACAAAAUUACUGUCUUUUUGCUUAAUCUAUAGCAAUGUCCACAUAUAGACUCUCUUGCACUAUUUCUAUUCUAUUUUAUUUGCACAUCUCAAUUAUUGUAUUUGUUUGUCCUAUAUAAAUUCAUUCUGCAUUGUUGGAGGAGCCUGUGACUUAAGUUUUCUUCAUUGCCAUAUCUUCACUGUCGCUACAUGACAAUAAAGCCUUGAAUCUUGAAAUGAAUCAUAAAGCAUUGGUACUAUUAAUUUGUACAGCCUAUUUCUCUUUACCCAGACACACAUUUGGUUUUUAAUAUUCAGCUUAGGCAAUAAGUACAGUCAUGGGCGGAUAACAAAACAGUGGGCCCCUGGGCACAUACUUAGAAAAGGCCCCACCACCUCUCCUACAAAGGAGCAGAACACAGACUUCUUUUGAACCUUUUCAUAGUCACGAUGAAGUGGUGUGUUGCUGUUGUGUUGGCAGUGUUACAGCUCUGCAGCCCGGCGCUGCAGACUGACCCGCUGCUCUACAUCUCCCAGAUGCAUGAAGGGAAAGAACAACUCCGCAAGGCAUGGCUCAACCCCACACUGGAAGAUGUUGUCCCAUCCCGGGAAGUGACCCAAGCUACUGAAAUGAGAGAGAUUCUAGAAACUGAGACGACCACACACUUCUACCCCAUGUUUGCUGAGCACACCAACCUCAAGUGGGUGACGUGGAGCGGCUUCCUCCCAAGCGGUGCCGUCGCUAUCUUCAACGGCUACACCGAACGCACCGACUACGUGUGCAAAGUCAACUGUGAAGCCGGCUUCUAUUCUCCCAGUAAAGGGAACUUCUGCCAGUACCCGUACGCCGACAAAGAGUACGCAUCCACAAAGUUUGAAAUGCUGAUUAACGUUGACCACUUUGAGUUCCUGGAGUGGGUUGAAGAAUCGUAUGGAUCAGUCCCAGGUUAUGCCAUCAGAACCUGCCCUGACUCAGAUAUCUUUGUGGGCAAAAACAAGUAUGGUCUCGGCAAAGUGGUGACCCAACAUGAAGCCUUCUUCCUUCCCUGGGAGGGCGAUGAGUAUUGGUACAAGAGUUACCAGGUUCUUGCGAUCAACAGAGACAGCUACAGCCAGCACAUCUCUCAUGUGGAGUAUGGCAUCGACCAGAUGGAGCUCUUCCACUAUCCUCCGGAGGCCCUGCAGCUCGCCAAAGUCACCAACCUAGAGUGCAGAAAUGUGAAGAAGACAGUGAAACUGGAGAAGACAAGUUCUGUGGAGAAGUCCUGGGACAUUGGCAGAGAGACCCGCAAUGGAUCCAUCUCCACCAUGAAGGCCAAAGUGCCCAUCCUUGGCCCAGGGACUGUGGACCUCAGCAAGGAACAUUCAGUCACCUUUUCAGAGGGAACAAAAACGGUGGAGGCCAUCAGUCACACCGUCUCUGUCGAGCUGGUGGUCCCACCCAACCACUCCUGCACCGUGAGGAUGGACGGCAGAAAGAUGACGGCCGACAUUCCCUUCACUGGCAGGCUGAGCAGGACCAACCACAACGGGGACACCCACUGGACGUACAUCACUGGAAUCUACGACGGCGUGACGGUUGGAGAAAUCAAUGCUGUCGUGGAGAGAUGUCAGCCGGUGAUUGACGCUGUUCCCUGCUCCCCAACUCAAGACUGAUGAUCAGUGUGUUGUAUUAAAAGGCAAAUGUAAAGAAAAAUGUUUCCAAAUAGAUUACAAUAAAAAAUUUCAAGGAC